AUGACGAAGAAAGUAUUACUCGUUGGUGUAGGUGGAGUUGGUGCCAUCGCAGCAUUGGGUCUUGAAUGGAGAAAACAAUCAGAAGUUACUGCUGUAGUUAGAUCAGAUUUCGAUAAAGCAAUCAAAGAAGGAUACCACAUCAAAUCCGUUGAUUAUGGUGAAAUCAAAAAUUUCAAGCCAAGUCAUAUCGUGAAGUCGGUUAAGGAAGCAGUGAAUUAUGGUCCUUUCGAAUUUAUAGUUGUAUGCACUAAGAAUACGCCUGAUAUUGUACUGAUUGAAGAAGUGAUUCAAGAUGCUGUAACAGAUGAAACAGCAAUAGUAUUGCUUCAGAAUGGAAUUGGAAUCGAAAGGCCAAUAAUCAAGAGGUUUCCUGGGACUAUAGUGCUUAGUGCUGUAUCUAUCAUUGGAUCAUCAAAUCAUAAUUGCGAGAUUAACCAUGAUUACAUUGAUAAAGUCUCUGUUGGGUAUUUCGAUAAUAACGUUACUUCCAAAGAGGAACAAGAACGCGUUGCUAAAGAGUUUGUCGAAUUAUAUUCUACAGAGAAUAAUGAUAUAACCUUCGACCCUAAUGUAAAAUACACGAGGUGGAAAAAGCUUGUUUAUAAUGGCACACUCAAUCCAAUUUGUGCUCUUACCGGUGUAGAUGUUGCUAGAUUAGAGAUGUUUGGAGGAACUAACGCCUUGGUGAGACAAGCAAUGUAUGAAAUUCUAUCUGUUGCUAGGGCAGAUGGCGUUGAAUUAGAUAAAGAUAUUUGUGAAAUUAUGAUUAGGUCCGAUGACCCGCUUUGGUAUUCACCUUCUAUGCUUAUUGAUAUGAGAAAGGGUAAUUACACUGAAGUUCAAGUCUUAUGCGGGAACGUUGUCAAGAUUGCCGAGGAAAAUGGUGUUCCAAUCCCGAUAUUGAAAGUUAUUUAUGAUCUUCACCUUGUGAUUCAGAAAAGUAAGAUGGAGAAAAAUGGCUUGAUUGAACUUCCAAAGGAAAGAUUUAUUCCAGACAAAGAACAUCCUCCUUUAUAA